AUGGCUUUCUCUUGCCUCUGUUCUUGUCUCUUCGGCCUCUGGCCCUUCCAGCACUCCACAUCCCCCCCGCGUUCCCCCGUCACUGCAGCAAUCCCGCUGCAGGACCUGCAGCCGCGCCCUCCCAUCGCGCCUCCCUCACCAGGCACGACAAGAUACGUCGAGCUGCAGCCCGGCCGCAUGGGUGAGGUGGAGUGGCGGGCAACAAUCGAGCCUGGUGCGACGCCGUUCGGCUACGACGAUGAUCCUGAAGUACCCCUACAGCUAUUUCGGUGCGCUGCGCCUCCGCCAGAAGAAGUCAAGCUCGAAAGAGUGGUCCGCCGAUUCACUCUCGGAAAAACUGGUCAAGCCAGCUACGACACCACUACUGCCGUUCAGUAUGACGAAUGGCAAGUCAAAUUCUUGGCGGACCUGGCUAGGUUGGACGUCAAAGCCCUCCCAAGCCUCAGCGCUGGUCAACCACACAGGUCCUUCUUGGGACCGCCGUUCGCGCCCGGCGAACUGGCGAGCGUCGACAUGGCUAGCCACCAUGUUGGCCGUCUCGUUCUUGUGGCAGAGCGUGUCGAUCCUCGCUCUCCAAGGUAUGAAUCUUUCAAGAACACCCUCGCUGAAGGAGCGAGGAUCGACAUGGCUAGCCACCAAGUUGACCAGGUCCUUCUUAUCGCGGAGGGACUAAAGGAAAAUGUUUACGGGUACGAAUGGGCCUGGGAGGACCUGGUCAACUCCAGCGAUAUCGAACCGACUAGCGAGGAUAUCGCCUACACGAACGCGGCGAAUCACGCUCAUUUCGACGCCGUAACGACCGACGAACCGUUUCUGCAUAGCGGCGGUUACCGUUCACUACUCAGCUUGUUGGUUUGUUGGAAGCUCAUGGGAUGA